GCAUGCAGGGCAACAAACUUGCCCGAAUAUUCGGAAGGAAAAAUACACCCAUCGAACGUUACUUCGAUGACUGUUACCGUUGCUUUAUCCUAUGUAGAACUAAUAACUGCACUCGCUCGUCCGACAAACAAACAGUGUCUUUGAAUAUUUUUUAAGAGUAGCAUUAACAAAUGCACUCUGAUAACCCAGCCCCAAUGGCGGUCGUAUCGUAUGUCACAACAUACAACAAAAUUUUGUAACUUAAUCAUUUAAUCGGACUUACUAAAGAGUCUGACUGAGGAGAAAUGUAACCUACAGACCACCACAAUGAACUCUCACCGUCUGGUAACAACAACAAAAAAAACCAAACGCGGGGGCUUCUAACAACAAACCAUAUAAAUAAACACACAUUUUAAUUUUAAAAAAGAGAUCAAAAGACUCGCCUUUCGGAUCCACUGGGUAAUAUAAUUGGAGAUCGGAUGGGUUUUGUUUCCAACACAGAGGUGUGAAGGAAAGGUAAAACAACACACACUAGUCGAGCACCAAACGGCUUAAUGGGUUCCAUACAUUGGAUACAGACUACUACUGGGGAGCCUGCCUCUGGGAUCUAACGACGAUGCCGGAAUCACUCUUGUUGAAUAUUAUAAUCAUUUGCAUUUUUUGAAUGACCAAUAACAUUAGAUAUUUACUAGUUUUUUUAAUAAUUAAAAAAUUAAGUUUUAACCUUUUUUUUACUUCUGCUUGUAUAAAAAUCUAUCGGCAACAAUGAGAAACGAACAAGCAACUGUAAACAAAGCGGGAAAUUACCUAAACAACAGAACCAUAAAAUGGCCAACGUAAAUGACAAGUUUGUUAGAAGCCGUCAAUCAUUUUUGGAACUUGGGAAACAUCUUCAGUGUCAAUCUUGUUCUUGUUGCAUAGUGAGAAACUGGCUUACAGCCCCCAUAUUCUAGGAGGAUGUGAUCAUACUUUUUGUCAGUCAUGCACAAACAUCCAUUGUGGAAAACCGUGCCCAGUUUGUGGCGUUGUCUCGUUACCAGACACCUGUAAACCAGAUACUGUUAUUGAAAAUCUCAUAGAAGCGUACCUGCCUAUGGCUGAAUAUCUUGGAAUUGAUGUAACACCAGCAGUUCACAAUGAUAUUCAUUUGAAUAAGGAAUUAAGCAAGAAGCUAGUUCCAGCAACACCAGCAUCAACAAUCAACAGACCUGUUAAGACACCAAAAAACUCACUUAAACCUGAAAAUUUUUCAACUCCCGUUCACACAAUCAAGAGGUGUGGGAGGACAGGAAGUCUCAGUGAAAGUUUAAAUACUUCAAUUAGUGGAACAUCUGCCUCAAGAAUAGACAAACGUAAUGCAAAGGGUGAAACUCAAUUGCAUGUGGCUUGCCUUAAACAGGAUGUACAAAGAAUCAAAGAACUGUUAGGACUCGGGGCUAAUCCGAACACGCAAGAUAAUGCCGGAUGGACGCCUUUGCACGAAGUAGUCGGCUGUGGAAACGAGGAGAUAGUAACUCUACUCGUGGAAAAUGGGGCGAACCCCAAUAUUCCUGGUGGCCAGAAUGAGACAUCUCUUCACGAUGCCGUUGCCUGUAACCGAACCAAUAUUGUCCGGCUCCUCGUGUCACACGGCGCAGACGUAAACGCCCGAAACAGUCGAGGGCUUACUCCUAAAGACUUAUGCUCAAAAGACAAUGAAGACAUGACUGCUGCCCUUCAAACUUCGACGAUCAUGCCAGCAGCUCCUAGCAAUCCCGAUCGAACCAACGCCCGUACAACUUUACAGACAAUUUGUCUUUUUGUUCUUAACAUGGAAAAAAAAUCUCAUCCUGGAUUAAGCAAACUUGCUCGUACUCUUAAUUUCAAGAUAUCAACUAACUAUUCCAGCUCGGUCACUCAUGUGGCUGUCCGGUUGGAUGAUCCUUGUAACGCAAUCAAGGCUAACGCGCAUUUCUACUCUGCUGUCCUUCAGGGCCAGUUUAUUGUCGAUUUUAAAUGGAUAGAGGAAAGCGCAAAGUUGGAACGUUUGAUAGAUGUUUGCCAGUAUGAAAUUGAUGGAAGUUUGAAUCGGGCACCACCGGGCGGAUCUCUCAGUCGGUUAAAUGUUGCUAACCAACUACCCGGUCUGUUCAAUAAUUGCUCCUUCUACCUCAACGGCCUGUUCUCCACACCUAGCAAGGCCGACAUUACGCAAUGGAUCAAGCACGGUGGUGGUACAUUGUUGACGCGUAGCCCAAAUCCGGAGAGCAUCUCUCCUUGUGAAAAGAUCCCGUAUCAUGCCUCGCCUACCAGUCCAUUGGUCCAGUGCUCACAUUUCAUUCUAUAUGAUUCUAGGGCCAAGGCGCAGCCAACUCUCAAGUAUAACAUGUCUCACGUAAAAUCGCUUUCCGUUGAUUGGCUAGUGGCGUCCAUCGAGAAUUUUUCUCUUGUCGAUCCUUUCGGAUUUUGAUUUCUAGCUCAGGAACCACUUUUGCAAUAAAAAAAAAAGAAAAAAAAAGAUAAUAAUAAGAAAAUAAUCUGUGAUUUGUCUUUGUUCGUCAAUCCUGAAUACAGACCAUUUACCAAG